UUGAGAUGGAAGGAGGAGGAGAAAAUGAGGAGAAGGUCAAGGGGGCUUGGAACCCUGAAGAGGACGCUGCGCUGGUGAAGCUUGUGGAGCUCCACGGGGCGAAGAACUGGACCGCGAUAAGCGCGGGGAUCCCAGGGCGGUCGGGGAAGUCAUGCAGGCUGCGGUGGUGCAACCAGCUGAGCCCCACCGUGCAGCACAGGCCGUUCACGCCCGCGGAGGAUGCCGCGAUCAUCGCCGCGCACGCUCGGUAUGGAAAUAAAUGGGCGACCAUCGCCAGGAUGCUACAGGGAAGAACGGAUAACGCGGUCAAGAACCACUGGAACUCGACGCUGAGGAGACGAAAAUCGCAGGGGGACGCAGAUGAUCGUGAGGGGGAGGCGAAGAGGGUUUGUAGGAGGGAGGAAGAUCAUGAGAAGUUGGUGACGUCGUUGUCGCUGAGGAUGCCGGGGGAUGAUAAGGAAGAAGGAGGAGAAGGGAAGGAGGAGGAGGGUACUGGGGGGUUGAGGGAGAUAAUGAGAGGGAUGAUAGAGGAGGAGGUGAGGAGAUACAUGAGCAGGUUAGGGUUUGGGGACAGGGGUAGUUCCGAGAGUCUCAAAGCCGAGUCUACUGCUAAUUCUUAAAUUUUAUUUUUUGUUGAGUCUUUUUUGUUGAAAUAAUUAAUGUGUUGUAUGAUACUGUUAAUAUGAUAAGAGUAUU